GUGGGCAUUAGCUGUAAGAGGCUCCCAGCAUCCAGGUUCGACAAAUCCACUGGCACGCUGGAUGGUCGCUGGAGAUAACUGGACUUUUUCAGAACAUUUUGGGAACACAAAUAAGAAACAAAGCACAGCAUUGUUCUCUGUUGGCCUGUCGCUCUCCUUCCCCACUUCCCCCGGUCAGUCUCAGUGUCCGUCACUGCAACCAUGGUGGUGAUGAAGAUGAAGUUCCCUUUUCAGAAGAGGGUGAAGUUGGCCCAGGGCCUGUGGCUCCUCUCCUGGUGCGCCACAGUGGCCGGCGCCAUGACCUUCACCCUGGGGUGCGUGCUCAAGACGGAGCUCCGCAGGAGGGCAGAGGUGAUGGAUAACUCCGACAUCCAUGUUGUGCCCAAUACCCUCAUGAUAGUUGGUCUUGCAUCCUUGGGCAUCAACUACUUUGCAUCAAAGAUCUGCCAGGAUGCCCUGGACGCCGGCCGCUUCCCUCGCUGGAAGAACUUCCUGAAGCCAUAUUUUGCCGUUUCUUGCUUCUUUACUGUCCUCAUGCUGCUUUCUGUGAUCAUGAGCUUUGCGAUGAAGGGCAGCUUGGAGUCUUCUCUUAAGGUUGGCCUGAGGAAUGGCAUCCGCUUCUACAAGGACACAGACACCCCAGGCCGCUGCUUCCAGAAGCAGAACAUCGACCGCCUGCAGAUGACGUUUCAGUGCUGCGGAAACAACGACUUCAGGGACUGGUUUGAGGUCCAGUGGAUCAGCAACCGCUACCUUGAUUUCAGCUCGAAAGAAGUCAAAGACCGCAUCAAAAGCAACGUGGAUGGACGUUACUUAGUAGAUGGAGUCCCAUUCAGCUGCUGCAACCCAAGCUCUCCACGCCCAUGUAUCCAGUAUCAGCUCACCAACAACUCAGCUCACUAUAACUAUGACUACCAGACCGAGGAGCUCAACAUCUACCUCCGAGGCUGCAGAGAAGCCCUGGUCAACUAUUACAUGGGCCUGAUGAACACCAUUGGGGCUGGAGUUCUGUCUGUCUUCCUCCUACAGGGUUCUGUGCUGGUGAGCUUGCGGUUCCUGCAGACCGCCAUGGAGGCAGUUGCAGGGAAAGAAAACACCGAAAUCGAGACAGAGGGGUAUCUGCUGGAAAAAAGCGUAAAGGACACCGUCAAGGAGUACCUCGACCCUGUGCUGAAGUUCCUCCUGCUGAAAAACCAAGUGGAGGAGGGCACAACCUCGACUGCUGGCCCAGCGCACGCCUAAAGCACAUAUAAUGUACAUAAAGAUUUUUACACAAUUUCAUAAUUACUAAACAACAACAAUUUGAAUUUAUAAUAUGAAUUUUAAGUAUUUUUAAAUUUAGAGAUAGUAGAUUUAUUUUAAUAAGAUGCACAUCACAAGUAAUGUGCAUAUAUAAGCUGGUAUUACUAUAUGUGUGAUUACUCCCAUUUACUGUACCUUCAUUCUUUGUUACUGCACUAAACAUACUUGCUCAGUGAACGAGAACCCCUGAUUGGUUUGAAACAACUGUCACAAAUCCCUACAGUUAAUAAGAAGCUCAAAUUCACAAAGCAUAAUGUUUAUUUUGUAUUAUUUCUCAGUUUUAAGUUCCAUUAAUAGCAUGCAUAACAAACUCCUUCUUGCUAUUUUUGUACACAAAGUCACUUUUGAAUGUGAUGUUCCUUACCAUUUGCAUAAUUUCCAUUCUCCUCUGUGUCAAAAGCAAUAAAACAAUCCCCAGUCAGUCUUUGGGUAACAGAAAUUUACAAAGCAUACUCCAAAAGCUCACUAUAGAAACACAUUACUUUAUUAAAGUUACUAAUUGGCUUA